UAAAGCUUGGAUUCAUAUCGAGAAUCAUUUCAAUAAUGACGAUAAAAAGCCCAUCGCAAGCCACGUCGACCAAACCGAAAUUUCGCAACAUCUCAAGACUAUGGUUGACCUCCUUGCUGACGAAGGUUUAAUGCUUGAAGAUGUAAAUACGGGUCUUUGCAUGGAAGAAUUCUUAAGAAACAACAUUCUUAAAGAAUUAGUCGCACUUGCUAAACCCGAUGUUCCGAAGGGUAUUCGUGGUGAAAUUAUUCGAACUGUGGCUCAAAUGAUAAAUUUGUUGGAUGAUCGAUUUUUGGUCCAUAAUGCAGUUCACCAACCUACCGUACAACUUUUGCGAACAUGUGUUCACGAUGAAGGUGAAAGAUACGAUGAAGAUUUGGUAGACCUGAUGUAUAUUAUUUGCUCUAAAAUUCAUGCAUUUCCUGACCUUUUGAAUAUUUUUUUCCACGAUACCCAUUGGCUUACUACGCCUCAAAAGGCCUAUAUAAAAAAAGAAGCUGGUCAAGCAAGUUUUUCAUCAAAUAGUAGUCAGGAUGGGAAUUUUGAUGAUGGUGCUUCAAUAUCAACUAACAUAAAUACAUCGGCUACAAAAACUACUGAGUUUACUGAAGAACAAGAAAAACCGGAAUAUGAAUUUUUACUUUUUACAUAUUUAUUACAAUUUCUUCAUAGAGAAGGUAAGAGCGGUGAGUACGCCAGAUAUGGUCUACUUUUCAUUAUAGAACUUGCUAAGGGCCCACUAGGAGAUUUUAUCCUUGAAAGCGAUUUCGCUACGAUUAUGGCUGCGGGAUUGGGUGCUCUUUAUUCUCAAUUACCUCGAAAACUGAUGGUGAAAAGUUCAAGUGGUGGUUUGACAAACGCCACUUUAUUAGGGUUUGGAGAUAAUACUUUUGCCGAGUUAGACCGAUUGCGUUCUGGGGGUAUAGAGGUUUCUUCAUCGCCUGUUUUCAAAAGUCAAUUAGAUUCAUUCUUAAAGUUGUUGGAAUUUUGUCAGGACGUUUUAAAUAUAUGUCCUAACGUAGAAAUUUCUAUAGCGUUACUUAAAAACGUAAAAACACAUUUCCUUGAGAGCAUUUUAUAUCCAUCAAUUCUAGAAUGUUCUGAUACCGACGGUUCAGCCGUCGCUGUUAUUUCUUAUAUUGAUAUUAUCAUGCAAACUUUGAAUCAAGAAGAAUUGGUUGACGUUGUAGUAGGAUUUUUAAUGGACUCUGAUGGGGAUGAUGAAGAUUUUUGGAAACAAACUACCACAACAAGCAAAAUAGCAAAACGACAAAGUACAAUUAAUCUUUUUGAAGGCAUUGAAAAUAAUCAAAUAAAAUCAUCUCCUUAUUUUAUUUCUACGGGUCGAUUUACUCUCAAAGAUCUUAUUUUCUCGCGCCUUCGUUCUUCUUCACAGCAAGCUGUUAUUGCCACUCUAAAGCUUCUUCAUACAGUUAUUUCUAAACACUGUAGGUAUUCCUUGAAAUUACUGAAUAUUGAAUUAGAUGAGAAUGCCACGUGUUUUCCUAGACCGAAUUAUUUGUUGGAAAGUUCAUUUAAUGUUGAACAACCCGGUCCUACCAGUUCUGGCCAACCAAAGCUCACAACGAUUAGUCAUCAUUUGAGAGAAUUGGACCUCUUCUUUGACUUAAUUUCUGCUAUUGAUCCAACCCAGAACAUGGAAAUCUUCACUAAUGGUUACGAUUCUUAUGUUCGUGAUGCCGAAAUGAUUAUAGAGGCAGAUAGAUGUUAUAUUAAUGGUCAGGAUGUGGAGUGGACGGAAGACGGUCCUAUCAGACCAAAAUCCAACAAAUCGAAUAGACAAAAAUUAUUAACUUAUAACCCUGGAAAAGGAGCGGAAAGUGCAUUCAAAUGCAUGUCUAAAGUACCCAAGCAUCGUUUGGUUCCUACUAACCCGGGAGAUUCACUUUUACAAAUUCUCGUUGGCACUCUUUCUAAUUUCUUUGCACACUCGCCCGAGUUAAAUUUAACCUUGACUGGUGUAUUGUCUGCUUUAUCUGUUUGUCCCUAUAGAUCAUUAGAAGGUUGGCUCGUAUUUAGUGGUGUUGAUAGAUUAGACAAUCGACGUGAUUCUUCUACGAAAGAUUUUGAGAGACUUCAACAUGAACCGAAAAAUUUAGAACCAUCAUUGGGCAUCAAUAACCAAGAAGGUAUUUCUACUUCCAAUGGUGAUGAUAAAGUUAUAGAUGACUUUGACGAAGAUGAUGAUCGUUCUGUUGAUUAUAAUGCCGAUAAAAGUCCAUCGGCCGCAAAGGCAAUUGGUGCUACGCCAAUGUGGACAAAUUUCCCACCAUUCUUCACUAUUUUUAAAACUCUAACGCAACAAGUUGAUUAUUAUCGAAGUGAAAUUGAUGGAUUUAAUCAAUUUCUUGAAGAUAGAAGGAAUGGUUUACUAGACGCAGAUGAUGAGAUUGACGAAAAUUUCUUUAAACAGCAACCUACAUUCCCUCCUCGUACUCCUACUAAAAAAAAUAGUUCAUCAACUUCUGUUAAUUCAUCUAGCUCAUCAAGGACCCGUAGAAACACUGCUCAUUCUUCUUCUUCAGCUAACCACCCUCCUAGAAGGACUAAUUCAUUAUCACGAACAGAAUCGUCAAUUAAUUCACCUUUAUCUUCUUUCUCUAAGUCAUCACCCGCAUCAUCUUCAAAUAUCAGUACACCCCUUUCAACACAUUUCGCGAAGACUGAAAGUAUCAAAAUUCAACCACUAUUUCCCACACAUUUUGUAAAUGAAGAAGAAGAAGAAGAUCCUAUUGAUUACGGGGAUGAAGAUGAUGAAGAUGGACUUGCAUCAAGGAAACAGACUAGAACUAAAACGAAAGAAACCAAACCUAAAGAGAUCACAUUAAGCACACUCCUAAAUAAUGUUGUUAUUUUAGAGGAAGCUAUUAAAGAAUUAGUGGCAAUAGUACAAGUUAGAAGAAGUCUAGGUAUCGAUGAAGUUAGAUAUUUGUAAUAUGUAUGUAUGAUUAUGAAGAUAUUUAUUUAGUGGAAUAUUUGUGUUUAUUUUUACUUGUAUUAAAGUCGUUUCAAUACAAAUUAUUGUAUCAUGAUUAUAUGUAUAACAUUGUAUAUCAACAUUAAUAAUACUAAAAAAUGAAUUAUUACUUUUUAUAAAUUAUUCGUCCUAAAAAGACUCUCGAAUCGGGUGGAUUGA